UCUUUAAGCGCAGCAGCGAAUAGCGGGUGAGCGAUGGCGGGCAGAGCCUGGAGAUCUGAGCUCUGAGCGCAUUCGCCCUCACAAACACUCGGAGAGAAGAUGGGCGUCAGACUGUACUACACCACCGUCACCGCCUCGAGAGAGGUGAAGUCUCAGCAGGCUGAAGUAAUGCGGAUCCUGGAGAGUAAAAACAUCCAGUAUGAGCUGAUCGAUAUUUCGGCGGAUGGAGCUCUCCGGGACGAGAUGAGGACCAAAUCCGGAAACCCUACAGCGGUUCCGCCGCAGAUCUUCAACGAAGAUCAAUACUGCGGGAACUAUGUGAUGUUCUCCGAGGCGGUGGAGGAGGACACAGUGGAGAAGUUUCUGAAGCUCGCAUGAGAAGCACACCUGGUAGCAUCCAAUAACAGCCCCCCCAUUUCCCCCCAUCCCCCCCACCCCCCCACCCCAAAAAACCCUGAAAGGAACAUCUGCCCCCUCUGCCCGCUGGCGGUGCCCACCUGCCCCCCCCAUGCCAUGUUAACAUGCCAAAUACAUAUAAUCCCCCAAAACAGCCCCCCCACCUCUCACCUGAAAGCGCAGCCCGCUGUUCUCUUGACCCGACCCACUCCUCUCCGCUGGAUCCACCUCCGUCUCUUCACUGUGUUCAGUGUCUCUGCUGCUCUGAUCUGUAUGUUGGAGUGAUCAGAGCUCCUGGUCUGUGUUCGGCUAAUCUGGACUGACACUUUUUACUCACGUUUAUGUUAAUCCACACUCAGACAAACAAACACAGUCAUCUUAACUUCCAGUGGACCAAAAAAGAGAGAAAUGAUCUUAAAAAUAUUAUCGAGUCUUAUUUUUUUCUGCUUUCACAUGUUUGUUUUACAUUGUGAUUAUUGUAGAAGUGAUUAUUGAUCACAGCCAAGACGUUAAAAUUCCGACUGUGUUUAUUGGAGUUGUGUGGAGCCAUUUCAUUGGAAAACAUUCCGUCGUCUUAAACGGUGCCAAUAAAUUUCCAUGAAAGUCAGUUUUCCUCAUGAA